CCAUAGUACCUCAAAUCUCUCUCCAACAACACCAACAAUGGCAAGAUAUUUGCCCUGUUCCUUGCUUCUAGGGGUGGCUUGUUUCAUUGUAAUUGGUGCUUUAGGGGAGAACUUCCCUCCUAAGAGUGGCAACUACCAUGAAUCAAUACAAAGACUUCAAACAUUUAAGGCCUCUCUAACAAGACAUGAUUCCAUUGCUUCAGCACCAUCUUACAUCUCACCCUCUCCUAGUCCUUCUCCUUCUCCUCUCUCAUUUCAGGGUGUGAACAAUGCUCGUGUAUAUUAUGUGACAUCUUAUGGUGCUGAUCCAACAGGCAAUUCAGAUAGCACUGAAGCAAUCAUUGCAGCCAUAGCAGAUGCAACAAAGGGUCCAAGUGAAGGACAUUUGAUGCAAGGCAUCAGAGACCUUGGAGGUGCCCAGAUUAAUCUUGAGGGUGGUGAUUACAUGAUUAGCCGUCCAUUGCAGUUGCCUGAGGCUGGAGUGGGCAACCUUAUGAUACAUGGGGGAACUAUAAGAGCCUCAAAUGAUUUUCCAGCAGAUGCCUAUAUCAUUGAUUUGUCAACCUCUUCUAAUGGGAACAAGGAAGGAAACAGGAAGAGUUCCUCUUCAUCAUCCUAUAAUUUUGAGUUCAUAACUAUGAAGGACCUCUUGUUGGACUCAAACUUCAGAGGUGGAGGCAUUUCUGUCAUAAACUCACUAAGGACUAACAUAGACAAUUGUUACAUCACACAUUUCACCACCAAUGGAAUUUUAGUCCAAAGUGGCCACGAAACCUACAUUAGAAACUCCUUCCUUGGCCAGCACAUAACUGCUGGUGGGGAUAAAAAUGAAAGGAACUUCUCAGGCACUGGAAUAACCCUUCAGGGCAAUGACAAUGCUGUCACAGAUGUGGUAAUUUUCUCUGCUGCUAUAGGAAUAAUGGUUACUGGUCAAGCCAACACUUUUUCUGGUGUACAUUGUUACAAUAAGGCCACUGGCUUUGGUGGUACUGGAAUUUAUUUGAAACUACCCGGUUUGACACAAACUAGGAUUGUGAAUUCUUACAUGGAUUACACAAGUAUUGUAGCAGAAGAUCCGGUUCAACUUCAUAUCUCUAGUAGUUUCUUCCUUGGUGAUGCAAAUAUUGUCCUGAAGUCUAAGAAUGGAGUUGUAAAUGGUGUUACUGUUGUUGAUAACAUGUUCUCAGGUUCAAACAAUGGGGUAGAUAUUGUUCAUCUGGACCAAUCAAGUACUCAUUUUCAUCAAAUUGAUCAAGUUAUUGUUGACAGGAACAUUGUGAGGGGAAUGAAGUUAAAGGCUACAGUUGCAAAAAUGUCUAUGCAAGGGAAUGGAACCUCCUGGACCCUUGAUUUUAACAAUAUUUUGCUUUUUCCUAACCGUAUAAAAGAUGUUCAAUACUCUGUAAGUUCCACAGGCAGCACCUUCCCAAAUCAUGCUCUGAGGAAUGUGUCUCAGAAUCGCGUUGUGAUUGAAACAAACGAAGCAGUAACUGCUAAUGUUUUUGUUACAGCGGAUCAAAGUGUGGUAAGUUGAACAAGGUUUGAAGCUGGUGAAGAACAUGUUUGGUCAUGGGGUCUUCACUAAAGAGGGAA